CUUGCGGCUGCCGUAGUUUUAGCUCCGCCCAUCAGCCGGUGUCGCCUCAGUAUUGACCAUGCUGGCUAGCAAUCAAGGAUGAAGCGGGUGAUCUGGAGGAUUCUGAGCGAGGCUCUGGCGGUGCGCUCUGGGAAUCCGGUUGCUCAGGGGAAACACCUGCGCUUGUGUGGAAGCCGCACCGUAAUCUUCAGAAACCUGUCGCUGAGCUGCCAGCUGUGUGGAAAAACUCCGGGACAGUCCAAGAAGAAAGAGCUUUCUGAGAAGAAGCUGACACGUUAUUUCGUGGACCAGCGCAGGGUGAAGUUCCAGGCCGGGUCAGGAGGAGACGGAGCCUGCAGCUUCCACAGCGAACCUCGCAAAGAGUGGGGCGGCCCGGACGGGGGAGACGGGGGUAACGGAGGCGACAUCAUCAUAAAAGUGAACAAGCAGAUAAAGUCGUUGUCUCUCAUAUCGGCUUCAUAUCGAGGAGAAAACGGCGAAUCUGGGAGGAGUAAGAACUGCUAUGGACGCAAUGCUGGCCCAAAAUACAUACUGGUGCCCAUAGGCACUGUGGUGAAGGAGCAGGGCAGAACAGUAGCCGAUCUUGCUCAUCACGGGCAGGAAUACGUUGCUGUACACGGCGGAGCAGGAGGAAAAGGCAAUCGCUUCUUUCUUUCCAACGAAAACAGAGCACCGGUGGCGACCACGGCCGGAGAACAAGGAGAAGAACGAGUGCUCCACCUGGAACUGCGGACGAUGGCACAUGCUGGAUUGGUGGGGUUUCCUAACGCAGGGAAGUCGUCGUUGCUGAGAGCGAUCUCUAACGCCCGUCCUGCCGUAGCAGCUUAUCCCUUCACCACGCUGAAUCCACACGUGGGCGUCGUUAAGUACAGAGACCACGAGCAACUGGCAGUGGCUGAUAUCCCUGGCAUAAUCCGCGGCGCUCACCUGAACCGUGGCCUGGGUUUGUCUUUCCUGCGUCACAUCGAGCGCUGUCGCUUCCUGCUCUUCGUGUUGGACAUGUCGUCCCCGGAGCCAUGGGAUGAGCUGCAUUGUCUGCGCUUUGAACUAGAUCAGUACGAAGCGGGUCUCUCUCAGCGUCCUCAUGCCAUCGUGGCCAACAAAAUGGACCUGAGCGGCACAAAGGAGAAACUGGAGGAGCUGAGGAGACGAGUGGACCAGCGCAUCAUUCCUCUCUCCGCUCUCACCGGAAAUAACACCGAGGAGCUGAUCAUCCACCUGAGGGAGCUCUAUGACGACCAUGCAGGACAGGCAAUGUUCAGCUGGUAGACAUGAGGAGUUGUCGAAUACGUCACUUUUUGUAGAUCUGGAUCAGAUCAGAGAUCAUGUUUCAUGUUCUAAAGAGAUGAAAGUGUGCGUGUGAUGAUUUAUGCGUGCGGUUUAUGUUUAUUUAAAGCGUCUCUUAGUCGUUGGCUAUAUUUGCGUCGUAGCUUCACUAGAAGAAAGCUCAAGAAGCAAAUGUCAGACGCCAUAAGUUAUGGCUGAUCGACUGUAGAUUCGGGCGCUAUGAUGGACAGGAUGAGGAACAACUUCUGAACUACAGCAAAGAAACAGCCUUGUCCCAUGUCAAGACAAAACAAAUGCUCUGGCUAGCAAAAACCACCAUUUAUGAAACGUUUCUUCUGAAAGAUGUGUUCACCCAAAUAUCAGUUUUGAUUCACCGAUUCAUCCAGAGAAAUUCACAAUCAAACCUAGCAUUCUAGCUCCGCGAGGGUCGGCAUGGAGAGAAAAACCGGCCAUUCCUGGAAAACUGAAACGCCAAACGAGGAACUAACUUCACAUUUUUAAUAUGAAGACAGUAUUUAGUGGUCUUGAAUUCUUCGGUGUUGAUUCAGCAGAGAAACUACUGACUUGUAAGAGCAAAUGGUAAAGAGAAAUGUAAAAGACAAUAAUAAUAAUAAUAAUAAUAAUAAUAAUAACUGUUCUCUUUGACACUGAAAACAUCCAAAGCAUUUGGAGAAAAUAAACCUAGUGAGCAGGAAUGUAAAAUGAA